AUGACCGAUCCUUCUGGAACGCUUCCUCCUCAACUUUUGCUGCAGGUGGAAAUAUUAACCCUGAUGCUUGACUUAAUCGUCACGUUGUGUACCGAGUCCAUAGGCUUCGUACACGGCAUCUCAUUGCGCUCUGCGCUAGCAUCAGAGUCGCGGCUUCGUUUCAACACCAAUCUGCGGCUUCUGACCGCAGUUAGUAGAUGGUAUAACCCUAACGGCACCCUUUUUAACGGUAUCUCGGCUGUCCUCCUCAUUAUAUCCUACAGCUCGGCCUCAGUCGUCAUAUCUACGAACACAAAUGCCCUGGGCGUUGUGCUAUAUGGGAGUACUAUUGCCAUCGUAGGAAUGCCUCUCCUCAUUUUGGGCAUCGCACUCCUCCUCCAGGUGAUUAUCGCAUUGUCAGCGAUGCGGGUUAUCAAAAUCCUGACGUGGAGCUACUCACCUUUCGACGUGACCGCCGCACUCGUCCACCAUACACAAUUGACCCCUGCUACUUUCCGGUGCAUGCGUCGUGUGUCUGACCUAGACACGUAUGGAGGACCUGCGAAGCCACCAGAGACACAGCCCUCUACGUGGCAUGCACACCCUAGCAUCCGGAAAGUUGUCAUUUUUCUGUGGGUUAUUGUUGCAGCAUACACUGGAUGGGCCGCACUCGCCAUGUAUAUCAGUAACCGGUUCUCUGCCGGUUCUGGAUCUGUUCCUCUGACCCUACAAACAUGGUCAUUCUUCCAAAAUUGGGAUGGCGAUUUCCUCACGUAUGGUCUACCGAGUGGCAAUCUUCAUGGGUGGAUUCUGCUCUUUGUCAGCAUUGCGGGAGUCCAGGGACCGUUGACGCUUGGGCUGCAUUGCUCGGAGCUCAUCGCAAAUGUCAUUCGAGACGAAAGACAGUGGAGAUGCGCUACCAGAAGCCAAGGACUUAGAGUGGCGGCGAACCCGCUGAAGCACAUUUUCACUCAUCCGCUCUAUCUCAUACUUUUUGUCGCGAAGCCUUUCCUGCACUGGAUGUUUGGGCUUUCAUUCGACAUACGCACAUACGCCAUUAACGACACCCUAGGCUUUUUAUCUAUAAGUAUGUUCACUGCCCAGAUCUGGAACUUAUGCAUUGCCCUCUUUAUAUUUGCCUCUUUCUUCACUUUCGUCACAUUGCGCAGACCGCACAGUCCCCAGCCAGCUGCAUAUGGCCAUCUGCAGACUCUCGCCAACCUCGUGGAUGAGUGGUCGCCUGUGAUGUGGUGGGGACACAAGGAGGAUGGAAUUCCGUACUGUCAUGCUGGGACAAGCGAUCACCCGCUGCCGGAUGUGAAGAUGGACUGCGUUUAUGCUGGUUCCGGUACUGGGUCUCUGGUACCCCUCUCGUGA